AUGGCGUCUGCAAAGCCUGUACACUGCUGUGGCUCGUUACCCGUUUAAUUUAGAGCCGUGUGGGGGGUCUAUUCGUCUGGCAGAUGGACCACAGUAAAAAUAUGGCAGUGCAGCGCUGCCACCCGCUUUCGUGAUCCCGGAAUCGUACCCGCAACUUCAUGUCCGAAGAGGCCAGAGCUGCCUGGUCGAAGAGGGGUUGUGGGGAUUCGCACCGCCGAGAACCAGGGAAACAUAAACACAGGAAAUGCGAGCGGCCGCUUAGUGCUCAGCCGUCACAGCCUGCGAUUGUUCGCCCGGGCUCCAAAAGGUGUGUUAUGUCAGGGGCGGAUGUGGAGGUGUACCUGUCCCAGGUGCACGAUGGGAGUGUGUCAUCGGGCUUCCGGGCACUGUACGAGGAGCGUCUGUUGCUGGAUGUCACCCUUUUGAUAGAGGAGCACCACUUCCAGGCCCACAAAGCACUUCUGGCUACGCAGAGCGACUAUUUCCGGGUCAUGUUCACAGCCGACAUGAGGGAGAGGGACCAGGACAAGAUCCACAUGAAGGGACUGACAGCCGCUGGGUUCGGCCACAUCCUCCGAUUCAUGUACUACGGUUCACUGGAGCUCAGCAUGCCCACCGUGCAGGAGAUCUUGCAGGCGGCCAUGUACGUCCAGCUGACGGAGGCAGUGGAGUUCUGCUGCUCCUUCCUGCUGGCUAAGAUCUGCCUGGAGAAUUGUGCAGAGGUCAUGCGCCUUCUAGAGGACUUCAGCGUGGGUGUGGAGGGUGUCCAGGAGCAGCUCGACAACUUCCUACUCGACAACUUUGUCCCCCUCAUGAGCCGACCCGACUUCCUGUCCUACCUCAGCCUGGAGAGACUGCAGGCGUACCUGAACAGCGACGCUUUGAGCCGCUUCCCAGAAAUUGAACUGUAUGAAGCCGUCCAGGCGUGGCUUAGACAUGACCGGCGGCGCUGGAGGCACACGGAUACCAUCGUGCAGUCCAUCCGCUUCUGUCUCAUGACCCCAGCCAACAUCUUUGAGAAGGUGAAGACGUCAGAGUUCUACCGCUACUCCAGACAGCUGAGGCAAGAGGUAGAUACUGCGCUAGCCUACUUCCACGACGUCAACCAGCAGCCUCUGGUGGAGACGCGAUCCAACCGCAUCCGCUCUGUCCGCCCGCAGACCGCCGUCUUCAGAGGAAUGAUCGGCCACAGCAUGGUCAACAGCAAAAUUCUGCUGCUGCAGCGUCCCAAGGUGUGGUGGGAGCUGGAGGGACCUCAGGUGCCACUGAGACCGGACUGCCUGGCUAUCGUCAACAACUUUGCCUUCCUGCUGGGCGGAGAGGAGCUGGGGCCCGACGGGGAAUUUCACGCCUCCUCCAAAGUUUACCGCUAUGACCCUCGGCAGAACUCGUGGCUACGCAUGGCGGACAUGUCUGUGCCCAGGUCAGAGUUUGCGGUUGGUGUCAUUGGAAAGUUUAUUUAUGCAGUAGCGGGUCGCACACGAGACGAAACCUUCUACUCCACAGAGCGAUACGACAUUUCAGAGGACCGCUGGGAGUUUGUUGACCCAUAUCCCGUAAACAAGUAUGGUCACGAGGGAACAGUCCUUAACGGUAAAUUGUACAUCACUGGGGGCAUCACCUCCUCCUCCACCUCCAAACAGGUGUGUGUGUUUGAUCCUGGCCGGGAGGCAGGCAGUGGGGGAGGAGGAGGGAGCUCAGGUGGGUCAGACUCACACAGGACACGUGCCGGCCGAGGCCCGCUGCUGCCCGGCACUCAUGCCAGCUGCUGGGAAAACAAAUCCAAAAUGAACUACGCACGUUGCUUCCACAAGAUGAUCUCCCACAACGGGAAGCUGUACGUCUUUGGAGGUGUGUGCGUAAUCCUGCGGGCUUCCUUCGAGUCACAGGGCUGCCCAUCCACAGAGGUGUAUGACCCAGAGACUGAUGAGUGGACCAUCCUCGCCUCCAUGCCCAUUGGGCGCAGCGGCCACGGCGUGGCAGUGUUGGACAGGCAGAUUAUGGUGCUGGGCGGUCUGUGUUACAACGGCCACUACAGUGACUCCAUCCUCACCUUCGACCCUAACGAAAACAAGUGGAAGGAGGACGAGUAUCCCAGGAUGCCUUGCAAACUGGACGGUCUGCAGGUGUGCAGUCUGCACUUCCCAGAGUAUGUGCUAGAGCACGUCAGACGCUGCAGCUGAGGUCUGCUCCACAACAAGCCUCCUUUUAUAGAAAUAGGAAUGGACUGUUCAAAGACUGAAAUCUCCACUGGGGGGAUCAGGUGUUUACAGGUGGGUGACUACUGAUGCGCAGGCUUUUAAAGUAGAGACCAGCAUUUACCUUAAGGUGAAGAAAAGAUGGUUAGGGCCAUAGUUGCUCUUCCUGAUGAAGGCAAUCGAAGCGUGUCGUGGUGAGACAUCACGUUAAGUCACCUUGAACAUUUUCAGAAUUAGCUUUCUCAGAAAAUUUAAGAAAAAUGGUGUUAGGGGAAAAAAAGGGUUCCAUUCUGCUGGUUUACAUUUGGACUGUGGUCAGUUUCCUCUUCUACUACUCGCCUGUUGUAUAACUGUUCAGUCAGGCUUACUGCAGAAACGCACUGGAAGCAUCAAGGUCAUGAUUUAUGGCAGUUCAACUAAAUAUGACUUGAGUUAGUUUCUCCAUCUGCU